CGUUGCUUCCCAGCCGCCACGAAGUCCAAGAAGAAGACUUUCUGUCGCUGUUAGCAGAGUUAGCUUUCCUCUAUCGUGUCUUCCGGGUUGAAUAUUUCUGUUUCUGGAGCAACAAUGUCUUCAUCUACGUCUUUGAGAGAGCUUAUCAGGGAGCGACUGACCGCUGCUGCUGAAGAAAUAUUCACAGAGUUUGAUAAAACCAUCGUCCAGUACGAGGAAGAGCUGGCUCGUCAGCGGAGACUGCUGGAAAUCUGCUGGAAACCCAGAAUAGCGCUGCAGAGAAUAGACAUUUCACAUCUGUUCAAUGAGCAGGAGAGUCAUUUCAAUUUGGACCAAUGGGAAACAAAACCUCUAGGAGAGAACCAGGAAGAUCCAGGACCCCAGCAGACGCAUCAGAACCACUGUGAUCUGGACCCACUCCUUGUAAAAAAGGAACAAGAUGAACUAGAACUUUCACAGAUACAGAUUGAACCGUUUGAACUGAAACAAGAGGCUGAUAGCUUCAUAGAAAACCCUGACUAUGAUGAGAGAAACCUCAGUCAAACUGUACCAAACUUUGACCAGCUCGUCGUCCAGUUCUCUUCCGACAAUGAGAACCAAAACCAGGAAAGAAGCGACAAUGAAGACUCCGGAUCAAGUACAGAUGCUAAACUGAGACAAAUUAAAGGGCAUCAGAGAUUCAGAAGGAAUUGUGACAAUGUAGACAAACCAAAAGUAGAGAAACAGAAGAAAAGGCGGAUGAAGGAGAAUUUGUGGGAUGGUAAAGUUUUUCACACAACAACACACACCAGUGAUAGGCCUUUCUUGUGUGUGACAUGUGGAAAAUGCUUUAGACAUAAUACAAAUUUAUAUCGGCACAAAAAAAUUCACUCAGGCCACAAACCUCAUUUAUGUAUGACAUGUGGAAAACGGUUUAUUCAGAAAAAUCAGUUAAUAUGUCACACGCAAACGCAUACGGAUCAGAGACCGUUCUCAUGUAAGGUCUGUGGAAAACUCUUUAAAAGUGGCACAAAUUUAACUCGGCACACUAAAAUUCACUCAGGCCAGAGGCCUCAUUUGUGUAUGGUGUGUGGAAAAGCAUUUAUUCAAAAAUCUCAAUUGACCAGUCACAUUCAAACUCACACAGGUGAGAAGGCUUUGUCAUGUAAGAUCUGUGGAAGACGCUUCAACAAUAGUGGAAAUUUAUCUCGGCACAACAAAAUUCACUCAGGCCACAAGCCUCACUUGUGUACGACGUGUGGAAAAAGGUUCAUUCAAAAAACUCAAUUAACUCGUCACAUAAAAAGACACAAAUGAGAGGUCGUUCUCAUCAAGAACUGUGGAUAUUGUACAUUAUGGAAAAUAUGAAAUAUUACUUCCUCCAAACAAAAAAUACAUUUACCAGAUAAAUUAGAAUACAGAAGUACAAAAACAACACCUGUUAGGGAGGGGAUAAAUCCCUCACAGAGUGUCUGAAACAUUACAUUUUUGUUCGACAACAUACUUCCAUGCCUCGGAUUUGUCUCCGUUUAAGGGUGGAUAUUGUGACGUCUAACAUUUGCAUAUUUUACAUUGUACUUAUUGUAAUAGUACAAUAAGCAUUUCAAUUGUAAUACAUAGAACAAUCCACUGCUUCUCCCUUUAUGGUUACAGUUUCUGAAGAUGGCAGUGAUCUGCUUGUUAGUAAUAAAUCAUCUGAUGAUGAUGAUGAUGAUGAUGAUGAUUGAUUGUAGACCUUUGAUGCACAGGACCUUGAGACCAGCUGUGAGAAACUUGAAAUGUAAUCCAAGUAUUCAUUGCUAAUAAAAGUGGUUUGAGGUCA